UGCCGCUCUAGGUUUUUCCUCUCCAUGGCCCUGCCGUAGCCCCGAUGGCCGCCACGGCGGUCGUGCUGGCCGCAGCUCUGGGCGGAGGGCUGCUCCUCAUCGCCCGGCGCCUCUGGUGGGCGGCUGGGAAGGUGGCUGGGAGGGCGUCGAUGGAAGGCAAGACGGUGAUCAUCACCGGGGCCAACAGCGGCCUGGGCCGGGCCACGGCGGCCGAGCUGCUACGGCAACACGCGAGGGUCAUCAUGGCUUGCCGGGACCGCGGCCGCGCUGAGGAGGCGGCGCGCGAGCUCCGCGCCCAGCUGGGCCUGUGCUCGCGGGGAGGGGGCGAGUGCCGCGGGGAGCUCCUGGUGCGGGAGCUCGACCUGGCCUCGCUCCGCUCCGUCCGCAGCUUCUGCCACCGGGUACUGCAGGAAGAACCUAAGCUGGACGUCUUGAUCAACAACGCAGGGAUCUUCCAGUGUCCGUACACGAAGACAGAGGACGGCUUUGAGAUGCAGUUUGGCGUCAACCACUUAGGCCACUUCUUGCUCACAAACCUCCUGCUGGGGCUUCUGAAAAAUUCUGCCCCCAGCAGGAUCGUAGUGGUUUCCUCUUCCCUUUACAAAUACGGAGAGAUCAACUUUGAUGACUUGAACAGCGAGCUAAGCUACAACAAAAGCUUUGCUUACAGUCGAAGCAAACUGGCGAACCUCCUCUUCGCCAGGGAGUUGGCCCGACGCUUAGAAGGCACCGGAGUUACUGUCAAUGCCCUGCAUCCUGGUAUUGUCAGAACAAAUCUAGGCAGACACAUCCAUGUUCCUUUACUGGUCAAGCCCCUCUUCAAUUUGGUGUCUUGGGCUUUCUUCAGAUCCCCACUGGAAGGAGCCCAGACAUCUAUUUAUCUGGCCUCUUCUCCUGAAGUAGAGGGUGUAUCUGGGAAGUAUUUUGGAAACUGCAAGGAACAGCUGCUACUGCCUAAAGCCACAGAUGACUUAGUGGCAAGGAAACUGUGGGAUAUCAGUGAAGUGAUGGUGGGGCUGCUAAAAUAAAGGCCAAGGGGAGGCACCAAAUGUAAAUGAUUUAUUUUAAGACCUUGCCAUUUCCUGCCUCUUUUCCCUGUUGAGAGGCAGGAAGCACAGUUUUGUGCCUGCGAUUGGGAAGCAAUCAUCGCCAGAUCUAUAGAAGCUAUUUAUUCUUGGUAUUUAAAAAAUGUAAUAUUUAAAGAAAAGAUUUAGAGUAUAAGAAAAAAAUCCAGUAUAUUUAUGAUCUGAGAAAAAGAUGUAGCUGUUUAACAAGGGGGGGAAUGUCUGGUUUCUAAUAUAUAUGCUGGUCAUUCAGAGUUUCGUAGUUUGAAUCAGCUGUGCAUGAUGCUGUAUUUGAAGUAUGUGGCAGCUUUGUUUCUGUAUUCUCAAAGGAAUGCUGAACAUUGACAGGAAAGAAAUGUCUUGUGAGCACAAUGUUUCUGCUUUGGUGAGCAAACCCAGCACACGUACACAUGCAGAGUAUGGGGAAACCUGACCCGCAGUGAAGUAACACCAUUGCAUGCUGGUACGCCAGAUACUUUGGGAGCAGAAUCCAGGACACAGUUAAACAUUUUAAAGUGUUGCACAGGGUACAGGUCAAAAAAUGUUUCAGUCUAUUGUUGCCUCAUCGCUACCCUUCCCCCUAAAAAAAAAAGAGCCCUGUUGAGACGACCCAGUCUUAUCAGUCAGGUGCAUUUGGGGGGCAUCUCAGAUGUUGGCUUAAACCUUGACAUCUAUUGCACGUCUAGGGUAAAGCUUGCUGCAUUGGAAAUGCUCACCCAAAGGCAGAUGCUUAAAAGCUGUUUAGGUAUGUCAAGUCUGCACAUAUUAAGUAGAUGAUUUGUAUUUCCUGAAAUCCGCGACUGAUUUGGGUAAGCAGGCCUAUGCAGCAUAGCCUAUAAGCAUUGCUGAAAUCUACAGACACUGCCUUGACAUAAAAUAUGUAAGAGUGGGAGGUGGCAUAAGGUUCUUCACAAAUGCAAGAAUUCACCUGUCCAGAGCCGUCUCAAAGUUUAGUAUUCCUGAACCCUGAAAUCUUCCAAGAAAUUUUUUGCUAGUAUAUUAAUAAAGGUGAAAGGAAUACCAUAUUAAACCGGAAACUGAGAACUUGGCCUCUGUGCACAUAAUCAGAAAUAAGUGAAGUCACUGAAGAAGUAUGUGUAAACUACAAGCUCCAAACCACCUAAAGUUGCCAUCUGUUACUCAUUAUAGUAGUACCAAGUGGUUUCUGUGGUCUCAAUGAGCGUGCUUCCAUUUGACAACUUAUUGCUGUUAAAGACAUUGAGUUAGAUCCCAGAGUGCCCUUAUGUGAGUGAAAGAGAUUUCCAUACACACACAGAAGUGGGGAUGGCAAGAUUCGACACCAGUAGCACCUUAAAAAGACCUACAAGAUUUCUAGGGUAUAAGUUUUCAGAAGUCAAAAGCUCCUUUGGUCAACCUUGACUCUUGAAAGUUUAUACCCUGGGAAUCUUGGUGGUCUUUAAGGUGCUGUUGGACUCGACUCUUGCUUUUCUACUGCAGAUCAACAUGGCUACCCACCUGAAACUAUCUUCAAGGGGAGGAGAGUCUGCAAUUUCUACUGAUUUAUUGCUAAAGAUGAAGCCCUCACCUCAUAUUGCAUUGUUCCAGAGCCUCAGGAGUAGCUUUUUGGAUGAGAGAAGAUAGCUGCAGAAGACAGGGAAAAGCGGGGAAGAUCUGUCGUGCGGGGGGGGGGGGGGGACCAGAGCUUACAGUUCAAUCGAAUUGAAUUAACACUGAUCCUGUUUCAUAAAAAAUAUGCUGUAGUGGAUCUGGGGCUAGUGCGUAAUUGGUCUGCAGUGGUUUCUGGCUUCCUGCCCUAGGAAUGUAGCCUAAGUCUUCCUGAGCCACUCUAUUAGAAGUUGAUGUCAAAGAUUGUGUGCUUGUUCACUAGGACUGGCAUGAUUUUUAUAUGUAUACACACUCACACACACACUACUAAAUGUGUCUAAACUUGAUUUGUAUUACACCAGCUAGAAGUUCUCUAUAUAGACUCUCAGAAGUUUUAUUUACAUAAUUGUGCCUCAUUUGUUUUUCUUAAAAAGAGGAUGUAUCUGAAAUUAAAAGUGUAACAAAAUGA